AUGCCGGCGGCUGCGGCGGCUGUGACCGUCGCGCCGCCGCGCGGCGAGCGACGCGGCGACACCGGCGGUCGCGCGUCCGAGGCUCAGCUCCUCGCGAGGGGUGGCAUGCCCAGGUGGCCCGUGUGCACGUGGCGGCCGCACGCGCGUCUGCCGGAAGGGGUGGGCAUCCCUGUCGGCGCAUUCGUAACCUCUCGGCCGGAGGCAGUGCAGAGGGUGCGGCAGGCCCUGAUGGACACGGGGCGGCUCAAGGCGAACGGAGUGACGCGUUUCGACGCGCACGUGUGGGAGGCUCUGUGCGCGACGGGGUACGUCGACGGCGAAUCCCUGCGCGAGGAUCGCUCCGCCGUCGAGUGGGCUGUGCACGUGUUCGGCAUCCCCGAGGGUCAGCGCGAGGUGAACGACGUGGAGGAGCUCCUCGCAUCUGGGGACGUGCGAUACGUCCCGGGCGUCCGCCUCGGCUCACCCGCGUGCUACGUCGACGCGAGGACCGGACGCGACGACCCCGGGACGGCACUCGGGUCGUGGUCGCCGCUCAUCGCGGAACCCGAGCUCGAGCGCACCAGGCGAGAUCGCGCGGAGGCCGAGCGCGGGUCGCGCGCACCCCGCGGCCUAUCGCCCCCGCGAUGGCGACCCGAGGCGCACGCCGCGCUCGCCGCCGCGGUUGACGGAGGAGGCGACGACGGGGAUGGCGGCGACGACGGGGAUGGCGGCGACGACGGGGAUGGCGGCGACGACGGGGAUGGCGGCGACGACGGCUCGUCGCCGUCUCCGUCGUCGCCGUCGGACGGGUUCACGUUUUCGGAGCUGUUCGCGGGGGUGGGCGGGUUCGGCGUCGCCCUGCGAAGCCUCGGCGGAACGCCCGUGUUCGCGUCAGAGCUGUGCGGACACGCGCGGAGGACCUACCUGGCACACCACGGCGGGUCGUGGGGCGACGACGGCGGCACCGACGCUCGACCGCCGCUCGUCUGCUGCGGCGAUAUCACGGAUGUGUGCGAGACGUCGAUGCCGCCGCACGAUUUGCUCACGGGCGGGUUCCCGUGCCAGUCCUUCAGCCGGCGCGGCGACCGGCGUGGGCUCGGGGACCCGCGGGGGCAGCUGUUCCGGGAGAUCCUGAGGGUUCUCGUCGUGGCCGAACCGAGGGCGUUCGUGCUGGAGAACGUGGAGGGGUUGGUGACGAUGGACGACGGCGAGACGAUGGCGGAGAUUGUCGCCGCGUUGGAGUCGGUCGGGUACGCGGUCGGGACUCGGGUGUUCGACGCGCGGGGUUGGGUGCCGCAGAGCCGAAAGAGGGUGUUCUUCGUGGGGUUCAGGUCCGACCUACGGGCGGCGAGGGAGGACGGGGUGUUCACGUGGCCGGAGGAGCCUCGAGAUUGCGGCGGGACGGUUAAGGACGUCCUCGAGGAUGAGCACCGCGAGACGGCGCGGUGCGAGGUGUCGGAGUACCAGAUGGAACGGGCCGCGGCGUUCUUUCGAAGGACGCAGUCCCGGGGAGAGAACGAGGGCAGCGAACACGCGGGGUACCUGUAUCCGGUGGACGGCGUCGCGAGGACUCUGUGCGCGUCAUACAGGAAGAGCAGCGUGUACAACGCCGAGCUGGUGCCGCCGAUGGUUGACAACGGCGAGACGAGGAGGACCAGGCCGAGGUACUACACCGUGCGCGAGUGCGCGAGAUUGCAGGGCUUUCCUGAGACGUUCUAUCCGGAUCCGAAUCGGGGGUACCACGAGCUCGGAAACUCAGUGUGCGUGCCGCUCGUAAGGGCGAUUGGGGAGGAGGUCCUGAGGGCUCUCAGGGCCUCAUGA